UUCAUUUCAUCUCCUUGUCCUUCGAACACGACCUACGCCUUGACCCAUCAUUCAAGGCGUUUCUGGUACAAUCGGCAUGCGGAGAAAAUACUGGCCAUCAAUUCUGCUCCUCCGCGAUCGGAGGGCAAUGAUGGCACGCUUCUGCGGACUGUGCCACUCCCACGCAGCUGUCUCCAAUACUGCGUCGUUUAGGGGCCACACGAUAGGCUGGCACGGCUGGUAAGGCUGAUGAUGGCUGGGUUCUAGGUAAGUUACCAUCGUCGGGGCAUCGUCCGCCGGCAAUACCUGUAGGUAUGAGGGGAACCAUAGCCGGCGACCUGGCCUACCUCAACCACCUCAAUCCAGCAUGUUGUGUCUACAUUGAUUUCUCAACUUUUGCAAGCCUUCUGUACUACUAUCCUGACAGAUCGACCGCACUAUCGAAGUCUUGAACUGGGCAUUCGUUGCUUCGCUACGUGACCUGAGGACAACAUCGCAGUGUACCAACUGGAACUCCGCACGAAGAGUGGCGACGGCGAGCACCAAACGCUCAAGGCACGACUUGCAUAACAGACAAUAGAGUACCAAGAAAAUUGCUUGGACAGUCAGUGAGAGUACCCGUUCAACCUUUCGUCGCCGUUGAAACGCACCCAGGAAAUCUCUCUCAGAGUUGCCACAAUGGCAGCGCCAGUCCUCCCUGAAUCUGGUGUGCAGACCUUCCGCGUCCUCGUCCUUCCUGGGGACCAUGUCGGACCUGAAGUCAUGAAGGAAGCCAUCCGAAUAUUGGAUGUCGUGGAAGCCAGUUCUCAAGGCAAAGUCAAGUUCCAGUAUAACUGGCAACUUUGUGGAGGUUGCAGUAUCGACAAACACGGUACAGCUAUCACGGACGAAGUACUGCGUAUCGCGAAGGAGGAGUCGGAUGCCGUGCUGUUUGGGUCAGCUGGUGGACCUGAAUGGGGCACAAAACCACCGAACCCAGAGUCAGGCCUCCUCCGCCUGCGCCAACACCUCGAUGCCUUCGCCAACAUCCGCCCCUGCACAUUCUACUCGCGCUCCCUGAUAGAUCAGUCGCCCCUCAAACGGGCCAUCGCCGAGGGCACCAAUUUCAUCGUGCUCCGCGAGAACUGCAGCGGCGCGUACUUUGGGCCUAAAGUCGAGGAGGAGGAUUUUGCCAACGACUCCUGGACCUACCGUCGCGACGAAAUCGAACGGUGUGCACGAGUUGCCGCAGCCUUGGCCACGACGAUGGGCAAAGAUGGCAAGGGCAACGGCGGCCCUGCGACCGUCUGGUCCAGCGACAAGGCCAACGUGCUCGCGUCGGGCAGACUGUGGCGCCGAGUCACGAGCGAGAUCUUCGCGAAGGAGUUCCCGCAUAUCGACCUCAAGCAUCAGCUGGCCGAUAGUUUGAGUAUGCUGAUGGUCAAGAACCCGCGCAAGUUCAAUGGUGUGAUCCACACGGACAACACGUUCGGGGAUAUGUUGUCGGAUCAGGCCGGCGGUAUCGUUGGCACGCUCGGAGUCCUCCCGAGUGCCAGUCUGUGCGGAAUCCCUGACGGCAGUCGCUGCCAUGGAAUCUAUGAGCCUGUGCAUGGCUCCGCGCCGGACAUUGCGGGUAAAGACAUCGUGAAUCCUACCGCACAGAUUCUCUCGGCGGCCAUGAUGCUGCGAUAUUCGUUUGGCCUUGCCCAGGAAGCUACGGCUAUCGAGGCCGCGGUCGAGAAAGUCCUGGACGGCAAAGACAUUGGUGGGGAAGAGAUUCGAAGUGGUGAUCUUGGUGGGAACGCGACGACCAAACAGAUGGGCGACGCCGUAUGCAAGGCUCUCCAGGAGAUUUUGAAGGGGAACAGUACGGGUGUGCCGAGGGACGCGAACGCGAAUGGUGCUGAGAGCAUGGUUUCGCCCGUGCAUGAAUCGCAUAGCGACGAGAACAAGAAGUGGGAGAAACUGUUGAAAAAAGAACAUGUUCCCACAGGCCCGUCGGAGAGCAUCGCUUUGUCAUGAAGCAUACCUAAGUACCUUAUGUGCAUUCGGAACGUUGAGGAAAUAUCUGGAUGUUAGGAUGUUCAUAUCAUGACCGGUUAGUGCGGAAAAUUGUCGUUUAACUUGUAUGCUCAUAACUCUCUCCCGAG